GCACAUAUCAGAGUUGAAGAAAGAAAACUUUGAAUUGAAGCUAAGGAUUUAUUUCUUGGAGGAAAAACUUCAACAUUCACAAAGAGAUGUUGAUGAUGACGAUGCUUUUAAAAUGGUAAGAAAUUUAAAAACUCGCCACACCAAUGACAGGGUUCGUAGCGGUCUUUGAAAUCCUUGAACGUCUUUAAAGUUGAAUGCAGGUCUUUAAGGUCUUUGAAAAGUCUUUGAAUUGUGUGAAAAAGCGAAGAAAGUCUUUAAAUCUUUAAAAGUCUUUAAAUUCGUCAGUGAGGAAUUGAUUAUACGAUUUCCCUAGGUAAUAAAAUAGAUUGAUUGAAGCACGAUUUUCGUAAAUAUCGACGAAAAGGCGCAUUUUAGGGUAUGUGAUUUGACGCGACUAAUUACUGAGUAAAAAUUGUGCUUACACUCGCAAUUUUUCGACAGCUGAUUGCUCUCAAAGGUCUUUGAAAAGUUUUUGAAAAUAGACAAAAAAAAUCUUUGAAAGUCUUUGAUUUUUUUUGGUCUUGGAGACCACGAACCCUGAAUGAGAACAAGCCAUCCUGAUAUCAGCUGACAAUUAACAACCUUGUUACAAUUUGUUUUCAGAUCUGUAACAACUUGUGCGUUAUUAUAGGCGUGCACCAUGUAAUGAUUAACACAUAGAUAAGAUUUUGCCCUUGUCUGUUCGUUUGUGUUUUAUAAUAAAAAUAAAAUCCCCGAAUUAAACAGGUAAAUCACUUACUUUUUAUCUACCCAAGUUUACAUUUGGAAAUUUGAAAAAGUCAAAAUUUUACAAAUAUCACGCGUACAUGAUCUACAGUAUACAAAUAAGGGAAUGCUAUUGGCUACUUUAAUUGUUAAUAGAUCAUGGCUCUCGACCAAUGAAAGUGCUUGAAUUCUUAACGUUAUUAUAUAAUAUAUAAUAGACAGAUUUAGAUCGAGGACGCGGACGUCAAAGACGACGUGAAAAUGGCGUGUUGUGCCCAUAUAUGGAUAUGCCACGCCAUUUUGACUCCAUUUUCGCGUCGUCUUUGACGUCCGCGUCCUCGAUCUAAAUCUGUCUAAUAUUGCAAUAGCAAGCCGGUUCUUGUUAUUGGUGCAUGGUAUACUAGGCAUUACAAGAGAAGCUGUAUUUUAUCGUGGUUAAUGACUCUAAUCAUAUAUUGAUGAUUGUAGUCACACAUGCAUGUGGCCUGCUCGUUAAUUCUUUAUCGAUUAUUUGCAGACAAUUUUAAUUGUUAAUACUUUCAUGCUUUUAUAUCCAGAAUAUUGAAUUGAAAGUUGAAAUUGAAAAACUGAAAAAUGAACUGAACGAAAAACGAAGACUUCUGGUGAAAGCAUCGUAAGUGGGGUUUAUUUGUCAGUUUAUAUAUAUAGUCAUACUCUGCAAAUAUCCCACGCAACUGCAGAUGGAGCUAUCCUGCAUUUUAAAAUAAAGUUUUGGUUCAGUUUAUCUGCAGUUUAAUUUAGCUUAGUUUAUAUUUUGGUUUAGUUUAACAUUUUUAAGAUUUUUAUGCUUGCGUGAUUUUUCAAGUUUGAAAUUUGAACCUUUUGAGCAAGUCUUUUCCAACCAUGCAUGUUUAUCGAUGUUGGACUAUACUAUAAACACCUGAAAUGAUUACGCCUGAAUAUUCAGUAUCCAGCCAGAUACAGUGGCGAACACUUCACGAAGUAUUGCGGGGAGGGGGGAUUAAGUUGCCAACAUAUGACUUUUUGUAGCUGGAAAUCAAGGCCGGAUUUUGGUGGAAAUAGAGGAGGGGGAAUUUAGGGGAGGUGCAGCGGUCUAGCUCAUGCACGACCCCCAUGGAAAGUUAGAGCUUAGAACAGGCCAAAGUCAACGACAUGGGGGUACUAGUAGUAUGCAUGUAGUGUGCAUAUAUGUAUCAGUGUAUUAAUGAAUUAUGACUGUACAACUCAUCCAUUGUGCUCUUCAUUGCAAUUACUACAAAGUUUCUUUCAAAACAUACUACUAAAGGGGCAGUGUCACGGUUCUACUCCGCAUCCAAAAUAUACGCGAACUUGAAAAACUGUCCGCCAACAAUUAUCGAGUUAGGAAUGAAAUGCAUAUACCAUUUAUAAUCCCUUCGUUAUGCAGGACAUCCUUGCUUUGUUUUAAAAAUUGAAGGCUGCUGCAUCUUUUCCAAUCAUGUAGCAUUAAUUUUAAACGUUUCUUUGUGCCGUUUAUUUUAGCCAAUCAGCGCCAUGACACAGACACUGCUCCUUUUAUAAAAGGGUAGUUGACUUAGAGAUGAAUGGCUGUCACUGUUUCAGUUUUACAGAAAAACUUUCUUACGAAGUGUAGUUGCGUAAGCGACCAAAAAAUGUCAAAUGUUCACUUUGAUCUAUCAUUGAAACUUUCCCAAGAGGAGGUGCAUGACUUUUCAGGGAGGUGCAAAACGAUCUCAGGGGAGGUGCAAAACGAUCUCAGGGGAGGUGCAAAACGAUCUCAGGGGAGGUGCAAAACGAUCUCAGGGGAGGUGCAAAACGAUCUCAGGGGAGGUGCAAAACGAUCUCAGGGGAGGGCAAAACGAUCUCAGGGGAGGUGCAAAACGAUCUCAGGGGAGGUGCAAAACGAUCUCAGGAGAGGUGCAAAACGAUCUCAGGGGAGGUGCAAGACGAUCUCAGGGGAGGUGCAAGACGAUCUCAGGGGAGGUGCAAAACGAUCUCAGGGGAGAUGCGCACCUCCUCACCCCUCUCCUCAAAAUCCGGACAUGCUGGAAAGCCAUAAAUUUAUGCAAUAUAUGCUCAAUUGUUUUUGUUUGUGGAAACACCACGUAAAUUUCGUGGUGUUUCCACAAACAAAAACAAUUAUAUUUUAUCGCCAUGCAAACAUUCAAAGAACUUGUAUGCUCAAUUAUAUUUCGUAUCAAUGCUUUCAUGGUUGAAAAAUUAUUGUUACAGCUUUGUAUAGGCACAGUUAUUCAGCUAUCAUUCAAAGGCUUUCAGAAAUUAUUGGGCGGGGGGGGGGGCAGGGAGGAACAACCGCCCCCUUGCCACUGGCUGCAUAGUAAAAUGCGUUAUCUGGUGCCUCCUUAGUUUAAUUUAGUUUAGUUUAGUUCGCAACAUUCAUGCACUGACAAAAUUUAGCAUCCAUGGCUGCAUGCAUUGUUGAAAUCAGGUAACGAUGUGUGACUGUAAGCAUUUAUUGUUUAGGACCGCAGUGGAAAGUUUAGAUCGAAAUCAUCAAGAACAAAUAAAUAAGGUACAGAAAAUAUUGAUUUGGAAGUAAAAACUAUAGCCGAUAAUGUAGUAUGCUUCUGUACAAUACUUAAUUUUACUUUUCAUUCUGCGGAAAAUAUUCCUUAGUGGAAAUGGGCC